AUGUCAAAAUGUCCUUCUGAAAUUAAUGGGAAAUCAAAGCGGGAAAGACUAUGUUUAGUCAAGAAAACCCAUGUUGAAUUAAGUGAUGUGAUAGAAAUGGUUGGUGGUGCCCCAGAACUGAUAGGAGCUUCAAAUGAACAUAGAAAGUGUGAUGAAACGAAACCAGUGUGCAACAAUUGCACCAAGACUAAUAGAAAAUGUGAAGGGUAUGGACUCCGUCUUUUCUUUGAUAUAAAUAGGAGUCUGUCCAAGUCUAAAAAGACUAACUCUAAGAAGAAUGAGCUGAAGAUUGAAAAUGAACCAAUAAAACAAUCGUCCCCGGUUCAAGAUAUGGUAGAUCCUCAAUUGAGGCUGGGUAUUCUAACACCGGCUCCUCUGGAAACUAAGACGAUCGAGUCACAAGCUGAAGAACAUAAAAGCUCCAAUGAAGAAAACAUGACUCCCAUGAACAUUAAAAAUUCAAAUAAAAAUUUAGAACAAUUUGGGGCAUUACUUUUCGAAGAUUUAGAAAAUCUCAUCAAUUCGACUAAGUUUGAGGCUUUCAGCUUUCAUAAUUCUAUCGUUUCCGAUAUGAAAGGUGUAACCCCUGGUUUCAAUUACCAUGAAGCUAAUGAAUCUAAUGAAGAUAAUUCCAUGAUUUCAAAAAAUGUUUCAACUGAAUUGGCUGAUUCAAAUGUUAAUGACUCAGGGUUGAAUGGACUAGAUCAAUCUGAUUCGGAUUCGAAUCAAAAAGAAUUGAGUAAAGAUAAUGUUGAGUCUCUAGAGAAAAAUGAAUCUUCAUUAUAUUCACUAUCUUAUGAAGAAGAAAAUAUGAUGUUGAGACAUUUUUUCAAAAAUCUUCUACCUUUAUUAGAUGCCCAUCCAAAUUCACCAUGGCCAGAUUUAGCGUUGAAAUAUUGUGAUUUUGAUAUUGCUAGAAGUUGUUUUAUAUCACUUGCAUGUAUUCAUAUUUAUGAAAGUAGAAAAGGGGGGAACGAAUAUUAUAAAAAAGGAAUGGCUCAUAUAAAUAAUACUAUGGGGUAUUUAAUUCGAUAUAUUGCAUCAGAUAAUUCUCAAUUUGAAGAGACAUUAGAAUUAGAUAAUCAAUUCAAAAAUAUAAUCCAUAGAGAAAAAGAAAAGGGGAAUUUAGGCAAUAAUGAAUCCCAAGAGGAAGAACAAGAUUCACCAAAUCGGUUAGUAAGUUCUUUUGUAAUAUUAGUACUUAUAAAUGUUCAUUUACUAUUUGCUGUUUUAGAAAAGGGAGUGAGUUCGGUAUCGAAAUUUUUUUUCAAAGUUUUUGCAACUAUUUGUGAAAAUUCUGCAUUUUAUGAAAGUUUAAUGAGGAAUGAUAAAAAGAGAUCAUUAGUUGUUGUUCUUUCAUGGUAUGAUACCGUUAGUGCCAUUGUGUCUCCUGAAUGUCGAUUACCAUUUACUAAUCCUGAAUGGUAUGGAUCAAAAGACGAAGAUAUAUCUACAUUAAGUAUGAUGGGAUGUCCAGGAGAAGUUUUCAAGGCAAUGGCCAAAGUCUGUGUAUUAAGACAUGAACUAUAUAAUUUAGAAGAUGAUGAAUUCGAUGUGGAAUUAAUUCAAGAUAACUUUGAUCGAAUUAAAAUUGAACUAUUUAAUUAUCGAGAUUAUAUUCCAAUUGGAACAGGAGGAGAAACAUAUAUUUUAAAAUUAAAAGGAGCUCAAUGUUGGUCACUUGCAGUUUAUGUUACAUUAUUAAGAACUGUUAAGCCAGAAAAUUGGGAAAAAACAAUUGAAUUUGUACUUCAUGAAUUUAUCGAUGUUUAUGGAUCAAUGGAUUCAUUAUCACCAACGGUAACUCAAAUGGUUUGGCCAGUGUAUGCAAUGGGAUGUGCAUGUCGUACCCCAUAUGAAAAGAGUAAAUUGACAAAUUUUAUGGAUACGUUAUAUCGUAAUGCGCAAAUGGGUACUCUUCACUCACUUCGAAAUAUUGUUAAUAAAGUUUGGGAAGAAGGAAAGAGCCAGGAAGAGGUUCUUACUGAUUGGUUAGAUGAAGGAGUCGAGUAUCUCCCCUUAUAG